CUCCUCCUCCUCGUCCCCGCGGCGCCGCUAGCGCCCCGCGCCCCGCUCCGCUCAGCGCCGAGCUAGAAGAAGCAGCAGCAGCACCAGCAGCAGCACCAGCAGCAGCAGCAAGGCGCUCCCGCGGCACCGCCCCGGCGGUGGCGCUGCGCCGGCUCCGCGCGGCUGGACGGAGCGUCCGCGCCCCAUCCCCUCGCUCUGCUCCGCGGCGGCGCUCGGGACCACGGCGGCGGCGGCGGCUCGGCGGGACGCCCCGGCACGGAUGCGGUGGGUGCCGGGUGCCCGGGCUGCCGCCUCCCCUCUCUCCUAUCCCGUCCCUGCCGUGCCGCCGGCUGAUUCCGCUGUGUCUCCUCACCGCAGGCAGCCCCCCGGCGAGUGCGAGAUGGCGCUCAGCGGCACGCUCCUUCCCUCCAUCGCCACCUUCGCGGCGGGCACCGCGGGUCGCGAGAAAGCGGCGCGGCCCGCGGGCCCCGGCAACCGCUGGCGGGAGGAGCUGUCGCAGCUGAAGCGGCCGCCGCCGGCGCUGUCGGCGCGGCCGGUGGAGACGCCGCCGUCGGAGCUGGAAGGUGCCGCCGCUCUAGGGCCCCGCCGUGACGCCGAGGAGUUCAAUGACCUGCUCGACUUCGACUUCAUCCUCUCCAACUCGCUCAUGCACCAGGAGCCCGCCGCCGCCGCCGUGGUGGUGGCCCCCGCCGCCACCCCGGCCCCCACCGCCAGCCCCUGCCCCUCCGGGCCCUUCGCCUACCCGCUGCCCCGGCCCGAGCCCGCCGGUCUCCUCUACGGCGGCGGCGGCGGCUGCGACGGGGCUCCCGCCGCCGGGUCCGCCGCGCCCUUCAACCUGGCCGACAUCACCGACGUGUCCCCCUCGGGAGGCUUCGUGGCCGAGCUGAUGCGGCCAGACCUGGACGCGGUGUACCUGCCAGCGCCGGCCGCGCUGCCGCCCCUGGGCAGCCUGCAGGGCAAGUUCGUGGUGAAGGCGGUGGGAGACUACAGCCACCCGGGGCUUAGCCCCAAGAGCGGCCCCGCAGCCCCGCCGCCCGGCGCAGACGGCCCCGGCGCGCCCUACAGCUCCCUGCCGCGGAUGUGCCCCAAAAUCAAGCAGGAGGCCGCGCCGCCGUGCACCCUGGCACCGCCGCCGCCGCACGGGAGCAGCCCCCGAGGAGCCCCACAGCACGACUUCGCCCUGGGCAGCCGCCCGCUGCCCGCUCGGAGUACGCCUUCGCUGGCUCCCGAGGAGAUGCUGAGCGGCAGAGACUGUCUCCCCGCCACGCCGGGGCUGGGCCACCCGCCGCUGCCCCCGGGGUACCCCCCGGCUCCGGGCUACCCCGCCUUCCUGCCCGAGCAGCUCUCUCCCGGAGCCCUCCAGUACCAAGAGCUGAUGCCGCCGGGGAGCUGCCUGCCCGAGGAGACCAAGCCCAAGAGGGGACGCCGGUCAUGGCCUAGGAAAAGGACGGCCACACACACCUGUGACUAUGCGGGCUGCGGCAAAACCUACACCAAGAGCUCUCAUCUCAAGGCUCAUCUGAGAACCCACACAGGUGAGAAGCCUUAUCACUGUGACUGGGAAGGCUGCGGGUGGAAGUUUGCCCGAUCUGAUGAACUCACUCGCCACUACAGAAAACACACAGGCCACCGCCCAUUCCAGUGCCAGCGCUGUGACAGAGCCUUCUCCAGGUCGGACCACCUCGCCUUACACAUGAAGAGGCACUUCUGAUUUGGGAAAGCAGUGGAUCUUUCCCCCGACUGCCGCAGAGAUUCAGUAUUUACAGCACAAGGACUGUC